AUGCAAUUUCUUGGUCGUAUUUCCAUUAUUGCCGCAGCUGUUCUCUCUGCUGCGUACUCUGUAUACGCCAUCACACAGUACCGUCGUGCUUGGAAUCUCUGUCGUGGUCGUCUCAUCGUCCCCCGAUCUGUACAACUCUUUCACGUGUAUUUAUCAAGGAAUGGCUUUAUUGGGAGUUCCGCCCAUUUCCCGUUCUUACACCCAGGCAACAAAUGCGUCGCCACGGCAACGACAUCCGAUGGAAUAACAACAACAGGAAAGGAAAAAUCAGAAGCCGCAGAGGCGGUCACCCCACCACUAUCAGACACAAGAAUAGCAACAGCAGCAAUCACUUCAUCCUCCUCCCCAUCAUUAUUACCCGCAGUGGGUGGAACAAUUCAUGCGGGAGUUUCUGAAGCCCUGCGUGGACCGGGGGAACUGACCUCAUCUAUGCAACUUGCCUGGUGUCCGGUCGCCUUUGUGGAUAACACGGCAUUUGAGGCCAAUGUACGUAGUGUUGGAUUAGCCCUCCUCGCCGGUAAGAAACAAAUUCGUCUGUCGACUAUUAAUAUGCGAUGUCCAGAAUUACUCGAGCGGGCGGCGGUGCUACUCGAACGCCUCGCGCAUCCAUGUGUGGAGUAUGAUACCAUUACUCCCGAGACGCCGUUUGUUGCCGGUUUGUGUACAUCCACGGCGUUGGAAAUGCUUUGGUGGGCGAACCGCGGCUCCUUUGCAUCUCUUUUACUCAGUCGACCGUUAACAGAAGCCGUGGAUGCUGAGAUGUAUCUGGAGGCCAUGACCCUACACACACCCGGAAAAACAAAAACAAGUGGUAAUGAAAAGAAUAAAAGUGGGAGUGGUGCUGCAGUGGCGAAGGUGCGCUGCAGUGUUGUGGUGAAUGCGGUGCGACAGUUGGAGCUUUUGUGGGGAGCCGCAAAGGCGUGGAUUCGUGAUAAUAAAUAUACGAAAUUGGGAUUUGAUAACGCGGUGGAAUCACUUGAGAUAAAUGUGAUCAUUCUCGUAGAUCCAUCACUUCAACCAAUGAAUCUCUUUGAUACCCUGCAAAAGUUGAACCCUAAGUAUGAGAGAAUGGAAGAGAAAAAUACAGGAGAUACAAGUUCAUAUGGAAUUCGCACAGAACAAGAAGUUAUGGAUUUCUUCACGGAAGUGGAAAAUUUUAACACAAAGAUGAAAAAAGAAAAAUUACCCGUUGGAGUACAAUUCAUCAUUCAAGGGAUAUCCUUCGCAGAGGGUACACAUGUUGCCUGUGCAGAUGUUGGUCCUGUGGCGACAGAAGGUAUUUCCUGUUGUAUACCCGCACGGUGGUUUAUGUCGUAUCCAUUAAUGAAAUGGUAUAAAAAUCGUGCAGAGCAACACGUAAAGGCACGUCGUCGUUCUAUUCUGCGUUGGCUUGCAUAUAAGAAACAACUCUCAUUUGAUAAUUUUAUCAUCACAGGUGGUAGUAGCGCCUCUCUGGUGAAUUCUGCAAAUGAUGAUACACUUACAGAGGUGUGUAUUGGCAGUGGAUUGUUGUGUGAUCAGAGACUGGAUCGUUAUAUAGAUUCCAUUUUCACACCAGCCCUCUUCUUUGCUCUUACCACCACUCGAGUGGUGAUGUGUAAUUCACGGCGAUUAUUUUUGUGUAGUGGAUUUGGAGAAAGUCUUCCUUCUUCACAGGCGGUGUAUCCUAUGCAUCUACAGACAGUGCAUGGUAGCUUGUGUAUGCAGAUGGAUCCAGAGGUUGAGAUUGCGGUGGCCUCCAGACAAGAUGGCAAUACAGAUGAUAGUUCCAUUCUUGAUAUUGGUGUUCCCGUGGUAUUUCGCCCGCAGCGCAACAGUGUUUUGGCGGAACUUGUGGAUGUUUAUCUUCUCAUCGCAGAGGAUGGCACGGCCGUAGAAGUAUUGCCGACAUACAGAGGAGAGAGAUGGAAUGUUUGGUCAGGGCAACAUCAACAUAUUCAAAUGUAA